CCUCGGCAGUCUCUGCUUCCGAGCAGACCAUGACUCAUGAGUUCAUUGUCCUUCCUGGACCGCCCGAGAGUUUUCUGAAGAAAGCAGUGCUAUUUUUCAGGACAGUACCAAGUCCACUGCAGAAACUACAAGGCCAGGAGAUACUUUCGCCUGUCUCAGUUUGUAUAGCAGUCGACGCUGACCAAAAUCAAUACAGGGUUUGUAAAGAAUAUGCUGUCUUAACCGAGAUUACUACGAUUUUUGACUUUUCACUGGUGUCAAACAUAGCUAAAACUCCAAGAGACUGAAUCCUCCAUCCCUUUAUUGAUGGAGACCGAAGGAAAAAGAUUAAAAACAGCAAUGCUCCUGUAGCAGUACAUAACUGGUGCUUAAAAAGUGAUCUGUGGCUCACCUGGGAGACUGAAACCGCUCCAGGGCAGUAAGUGCUGACCAGUGUUAGAGCAUGAAUGUUUACUCCCUGUCCUGCCCGAUAUGAUGCAUGCAGUUGAUAUUUAAACCCUGAGGAGAAAUGAGUUUCAGCCGAAGGGACACGGAGGAUCUGCAUAAUGACCUGUGCUUCGUCUUGAAAUUGACCUGCCUGUGCUUUUCAUUUAUUAAUGGUCUGACGAACGAAUGUAAAGAGUUAAUAAGCCAUCUUUGUGGGGUGCAGCUUGACUCUGAAGGAGUGAGCAACGGAAGACCAUCAAGACCACGACCUUGUAACUGACCGUCCUUCUCACCGUGCCGUAAUUCUGUGCGAGAGAUCAUUUAGUAGUAAAGUUUUUAGGAGUGAGAGACCAUGAAAGGGUUUUGAUGCAUUUGUUCAAAUCAUAAAAUCGAAUAUCAAUUUAUUACAUCUUAACAGUUUUGAAAACAGAAAUAGUCUAUUGAAAAGAUAGGCUAGUAGAAGCCUUAAAAAACAAAACAAAACAAAAAACUUCUAAUGGGUAAUUUAAUUCAACAGACACGUCGUUUUUUCGCUGUUCUGUAUUUGUUUUAUUUUUUCUUUUGAAUGUGAAAGAACAAUGUUUUUAUUACUUUUCAAAAGCUGUGAAAGAAAACCUCCUCAGCUCUAAACACAGAGGAGAAAGCAGGCUGCGCUUCCCUGCCUUCCCAUAGUGCUCGCGGCUUUCUGGCCUCUGCUUUGUCUCAGCAGUGCAGGUCUAUACGACUUCACACGAUUUCCUCUUUGUGCUUCAGGAAACUGGGUGCCAAUUAAACAAUUCUCAAAAUUACUUCAUGUGUCAAGUUAGAGGAGAGCUGGGGUGAUAGGGAGGAGGGGAGUUACUUGAUGUAACCAAUCAUUCAAUGUUUGAGACAGAGCUUGUAUAGGUGGUGUACAGGACUGUCGUCUGAACCACUUCGCUGCGUUCAGUUGUGCCUGUUUGCCAAAGAUCACCUGCCCGUGAAGGGGUGAAGGUCGCCAGACCCUUCCCUGAGGUUCCGCCCCUCUCUGUCCAGAACUGCAGGUGACCUCGUGGAGGGGCGGGGCUAGAGCCUGUCAGGUGGGGAGGGCGAGGCAGUUGGGGGUCCAUUUUUCGGCCGCGGGGAAGGAAGUCCUCACCCCUGCUGGGCAAGGGCAGGUGCUGCUUUCCGGACGGUGAGCGCCUGUGACCCCGGGAGCCACUCCUCUGCGUCCUAGAAGGAAGCUCACCUCCCGGGUUCCCCAGAGUGAACUCUGAGGGAAUCGUUCUUGCCCUUGGAAGGAAUUUUAGCUGUUCUUCCAGGCUGGGCUUGUAGUCGCCUGCAGGAGAGGCUGGCCUUGACUUUCUGGUUCUUCUGUGAUUACCUCCCCUGUGCGGGGAUUUCAGCUCGCAGAGUUACGACUUGAACAGCACAGGCUUUGCUGUUGUUUACGAGUACAAUAACGAUUUCCGGCAAGCAGAGCUUCCGUAUUGUCUCGGGCUCCACUGGAAAUGCAGCAAGGAUUCCUAGCACAUCCCGGUUGCCAUAGCAACAGCAGCCUUUCCCAUAAUGAGCUGCAUCAUCUGAACUGAUGUCACAGCAUCAUGCAGCAGGUCAAACAAGGCAUCUCCUAGUAUUGCAUCCUACAGAUGUGCUGUAAACAUCAAAAGAAGACGGCGGGAGCAGGAGAUGCUGUUUUGGAAAGAAGUAAGGCUUAGAUUUCUCCAUGUUAACCAUGAGCGUGACGCUUUCCCCACUGAGGUCACAGGACCCGGAUCCCAUGGCUACUGAUGCCUCGCCCAUGGCCAUCAACAUGACCCCUACUGUGGAGCAGGGAGAAGGAGAGGGAGAAGAGGCCAUGAAGGACAUAGAUGCUGAGCCACAGUACGGAAAGCCACCCCCGCUGCACACAGCAGCUGACUGGAAGAUCGUCCUACACUUGCCUGAGAUUGAGACCUGGCUCCGGAUGACCUCAGAGAGGGUCCGUGACCUCACCUACUCAGUCCAGCAGGAUGCAGACAGCAAGCACGUGGACGUGCAUCUAGUUCAGCUCAAGGACAUUUGUGAAGAUAUUUCCGACCAUGUCGAGCAGAUCCACGCGCUCCUUGAGACAGAGUUCUCCCUGAAGCUGCUGUCCUAUUCGGUCAAUGUCAUUGUAGACAUCCACGCAGUCCAGCUGCUCUGGCACCAGCUCCGAGUAUCCGUGCUGGUCCUCCGGGAGCGCAUCCUGCAAGGGCUGCAGGACGCCAAUGGCAACUACACCAGGCAGACGGACAUUCUGCAAGCGUUCUCCGAAGAGACAAAGGAGGGCCGGCUUGAUUCUCUUACAGAAGUGGAUGACUCAGGGCAGCUAACUAUCAAGUGUUCGCAGAAUUACUUGUCUCUGGACUGUGGUAUCACUGCGUUUGAACUGUCCGACUACAGUCCGAGUGAGGAUCUCCUUGGUGGCCUGGGUGACAUGACCUCUAGCCAGGCCAAAACGAAACCUUUUGACUCUUGGAGCUACAGCGAGAUGGAAAAGGAGUUCCCGGAACUUAUCCGAAGUGUUGGGUUGCUAACCGUGGCCGCUGACCCUGUCCCUUCCAGCUGUGAGGCAGCCAGUGAGGAUGCACCUCAAGAGCCUCUUUCAGAAGAGAAUAAAGGUGAGCAGGAGGAACACAGGGCUUCAACAUCUGGAGAGCAGCCGGGCUCAACGUCAGGGAUGCCGUCCUUAGACGCGCUGACAAACGUGGCGGAACACCCUUCCAAGACCACAAAGCAAAACCCCAGUUCCUCCCCACAGCUGGGUGCAAAGAAAACCCAGUCUGUUCCUUGUGAAAUUAUGACUCCCAAGAGAUCCAUCCGCGAUUGCUUUAAUUAUAACGAGGACUCUCCCACACAGCCCACGCGGCCCAAAAGAGGGCUUUUCCUCAAAGAAACUGGCGUGAGUGAGCAGAAAGGCAGUGACGGCAAGAGGCAGCUGGUUGACCUGAAUCCAGAGUUGAGCAGAAGCACCCCUUCCCUGGUGGACUCCCCUGACAGAUCCAAACUCUGCUUAAUAUUACAGUCUUCCUACCCCAGCAGCCCUUCGGCUGCCAGCCAGUCCUAUGAGUGCUUGCACAAGGUGGGGAUUGGCAAUCUUGAAAACAUAGUCAGAAGUCAUAUUAAAGAAAUUUCUUCCAGUUUGGGAAGGCUUACUGACUGCCAUAAAGAGAAAUCUCGACUGAAAAAACCACACAAGACCUUGGCAGAGGUGCCUCUGUGCCGAACCCCAAAACGAGGAACUGGUUCGGGAACGCAAGCCCAAACCACCAAGGGCUCGGCAGUGCCGAGCAUGGUGCUUCCUGGGGCUCCCAAAGGCACGGUGAGACCAGAAACGGAUUCUGCGUCAACAUCCUCCUUCGAGCUGCCCCAUCAGAGAAACUGGAGCCGGCUCCUGCCUGCGCAGUCGGAGCUCUCCAGCUCACCCCCUCGCAGCCAUAGCAGUGAGUCCUCUGUUGGGUCCGACAGCAGCAGAGCUCCAGCUCCUCUUCUUUCAGAGAGUGAAAGCCAAAAAGAUGGCUCCCCUGCUCCAAGUCACAUCACCCAGAGCAGUCAGGAGGAGGAGGCCUGGUACGGCUCCGAUGAAUACCUAGCGCUACCAUCCCACCUGAAACAGACAGAGGUGCUGGCCCUGAAGCUGGAAUCUCUCACCAAGCUUUUGCCUCCCAAACCCAGAGAGACGGUCCAGAACAUCGACGACUGGGAACUGUCCGAAAUGAACUCUGACUCGGAAAUCUAUCCAACAUACCACAGCAGGAGGAAGCACACAAGGCUAGGCAGGGUGUCCCCAAGCUCAUCCAGUGACAUAGCUUCUUCUCUUGGGGAGAGCAUCGAAUCCGGGCCCCUGAGUGACAUUCUUUCUGACGAGGACCUAUGCGUGCCCCUCUCCUGCAUGAAAAAAUACGCGGAUGAGAAAUCAGAGAGGCCUUCAUCCUCCGAGAAGAACGAGAGCCAUUCUGCUACAAAAUCGGCUUUAAUUCAGAAGCUCAUGCAAGAUAUCCGACACCAAGACAACUAUGAAGCCGUAUGGGAAAGAAUAGAGGGCUUUGUGAACAAACUGGACGAAUUCAUCCAGUGGCUACAUGAAGCCAUGGAGACCACAGAGAACUGGACUCCUCCUAAGGCAGAGACGGAUAGCCUUCGGCUGUACCUGGAGACACACUUGAGUUUCAAGUUGAACGUGGACAGUCACUGUGCUCUCAAGGAAGCCGUGGAGGAGGAAGGACACCAACUCCUGGAGCUCAUUGCUUCGCACAAAGCAGGACUGAAGGACAUGCUGAAGAUGAUUGCAAGUCAAUGGAAGGAGCUGCAGAGGCAAAUCAAACGGCAGCACAGCUGGAUUCUCAAGGCUCUGGACACCAUCAAAGCGGAGAUACUGGCUACUGAUGUGUCUGUGGAGGACGAGGAGGGGACGGGGAGCCCCAAGGCUGAGGUGCAGCUCUGCUACGUGGAAGCACAGAGAGAUGCUGUCGAGCAAAUGUCCCUCAAGCUCUACAGCGAGCAGUACUCCAGCGGCAGCAAGAGAAAAGAGGAGUUCGCUGAUAUGUCCAAGACGCAUUCGGUGGGAAGCAAUGGGCUUCUAGACUUUGAUUCAGAAUAUCAGGAGCUCUGGGAUUGGCUGAUUGACAUGGAGUCCCUCGUCAUGGACAGCCACGACCUGAUGAUGUCAGAGGAGCAGCAGCAGCACCUGUACAAGCGGUACAGCGUGGAAAUGUCUAUCCGGCACCCAAAAAAGACAGAGCUGCUGAGCAAGGUGGACUCUUUGAGGAAAGGUGGCGUCUCUCUACCAAAUGAUCUCCUGGAAAAAGUGGAUUCAAUUAAUGAAAAAUGGGAGCUGCUUGGGAAAACCCUAAGAGAGAAGAUCCAGGACCCGGUGGCAGGACCGAAUGCAUCAGGCCCACGUGACCUGCUGUCUCCUGAGAGUGGCAGCCUGGUAAGGCAGCUGGAGGUCAGGAUCAAAGAGCUGAAGAGGUGGCUAAGAGAUACGGAGCUUCUCAUCUUCAAUUCCUGUCUGAGACAAGAGAAGGAAGCAAUGAGUGCCGAGAAACAACUCCAAUACUUUAAGUCUCUCUGUCACGAGAUCAAGCAGCGUCGUAGAGGGGUAGCCUCCAUUCUGAGGCUGUGCCAGCACCUUCUGGACGACCGCGACACCUGCAAUCUGAAUGCGGACCACCAGCCCAUGCAGCUGAUCAUUGUAAACCUCGAAAGAAGGUGGGAAGCCAUUGUCAUGCAAGCCGUCCAGUGGCAGACGCGGCUACAAAAGAAGAUGGGAAAAGAACCCGAGUCUUUGAAUGUGAUUGACCCUGGAUUAAUGGACCUGAAUGGCGUGAGUGAAGACGCCCUAGAGUGGGAUGAGACAGACAUAAGUAACAAGCUAAUUAGUUUGCACGAAGAAUCAAACGACCUUGAUCAAGACCCAGAGCCCCUCAUACCCUCAGUGAAUCUUGAGGAGACACGCCACCAGGACCCUGGGUAUGAGGAGGAGGCAGGUGACUGUGGGUCCCAGUAUACCUCAAACAUCACGGCACCCUCCAGCCCACACGUUUACCAAGUGUACAGUCUUCACAACGUUGAACUCCACAAGGACAGCCACACUUCGUUUCUGAAAAGCAGCCCAAAGCUUACAGGCCCGGCCCAGCCUGGUGUUUUAACUAAGAGCCUCAGUACGGAUUCUUCAUUUUCCUCUACAAAGUCGUUGCCAGAUCUUUUAGGGGGCACAAGUUUGGUGAGGCUUUGCCCAUGUCACAGUGGAGACGUGAGCCAGAAUUCGGGCAGCGAGAGUGGAAUUGUCAGUGAAGGAGACAAUGAGAUGCUUACCAACUCUGAAAUGUGUUUGUUCGGGAUGGUGGAUGGGUCCCCAAGUAACCCUGAAACCGAACAUCUGGACCCACAAAUGGGAGAUGCAGUCAACGUGUUAAAGCAAAAAUUUAAAGACGAGGACGAAUGCAUUAAGCUUCCAAAUAUCUCUCAGUCCUCCGUCUCACCAGCGGGUUGUGUAAAUGGAAAAGCUGGAGAUUUAAAUAGCGGUACCAAACACACCACCGAUUGUUUAGGAGAAGAAUUACAUGGAAAACAUGACGUGUUUACAUUUUAUGAUUACUCAUACCUCCAAGGCUCAAAACUCAAAUUACCAAUGAUAAUGAAACAGUCACAGAGUGAGAAGGCACAUGUGGAGGAUCCCCUUCUCUGUGGCUUUUAUUUUGAUAAAAAAUCCUGCAGAUCUAAACAUCAGGCUCCGGAGUUACAACCAGAUGCGCCUCCCCACGAGAGGAUUUUGGCAAGCGUGCCCCAUGAAAUGGGUCGUAGCUCAUAUAAAAGCGGCGACAAAGAGAAGACACUGGCGGGCAUUCCGAAUGCCAGGCAGCUCUCCCUCGUCUCCCGUAGCUCAUCUGUAGAGUCCCUUUCUCCGGGGGGUGACUUGUUUGGGUUAGGGGUCUUUAAAAAUGGCAGCGACAGUCUCCAGCGGAGCUCCUCUUUAGAGAGCUGGUGGACAUCCUAUAAGAGCAACGAAGAUCUUUUCAGCUGUCACAGUUCCGGGGACAUAAGCGUGAGCAGUGGCUCAGUUGGUGAGCUGAGCAAGAGGACAUUAGACCUCUUGAAUCGCCUGGAGAACAUCCAGAGCCCCUCGGAGCAAAAGAUAAAGCGGAGUGUCUCUGAUAUCACCCUCCAGAGCAGCUCCCAAAGGAUGUCUUUCACGGGCCAGAUGUCACUGGAUGUCGCGUCCUCUAUCAAUGAGGACUCGGCAGCAUCUCUGACAGAACUGAGUAGUAGCGAGGAGCUCUCGCUUUGCUCGGAGGAUAUCGUGUUACACAAAAACAAGGUCCCAGAGUCCAACGCAUCAUUCAGGAAGCGCCUGAAUCGCUCGGUGGCUGAUGAGAGUGAUGUCAACGUUAGCAUGAUUGUUAACGUCUCUUGCACCUCUGCUUGCACCGACGACGAAGAUGACAGUGACCUUCUCUCGAGCUCCACGCUCACCUUGACUGAAGAAGAGCUGUGCCUCAAAGACGAGGACGAUGACUCCAGUAUUGCAACGGACGAUGAAAUUUAUGAAGAAAGCCACCUGAUGUCUGGGCUGGACUACAUAAAGAAAGAAUUGCAGACUUGGAUAAGACCGAAGUUUUCCUUGGCAAGAGAAAAGAAACGGUGUGGUGCCCCCGAUGAAAUAAAGGGUGAUAAAGAUGGGGGCCGCAGUGAGAAGGUCAACCCCUCAGACACCCUGAACAUCCAGGCCCUUCUGAAUGGCUCCAUAAAAUGUCUCUCUGAAAACAAUGGAAAUGGAAGGAAUUCACCUAGAACUCAUGACUUAGGAACAGAAGGUGAAAACAAGAAAAAUAUUUACGAAGUUAGUAAAGAUCCCCUCGUGGCUGACAUGGAAAAUGGCAAUAUUGAAAGUGCUCCGGAGAGACAGAAGGAGAAGCAGAACGGAACUUCAGAGGCAUCAGAGAACCUUGAUUUAGACAUGAAACAGAGUUCUGAAUCCGAGCGCAGUGAGUGUAGAGCAUCAAUGGACAGUUCAGAGGAUUCAAAUGUUGCUGGAAAGGAAUUCGGACCCCCAAGUGACAGGCAUCUUCCACAGACAGGCCCAAAUCUCCACCAUUGUGAAAAUGAAAGUGCCCCCUGCAUGCCCGAUGAGAGCCCAUGCCCAGAAUUGCUGUCGGGAACCAGAGUUGGAAGCAGACAGGACAGUGAUGGACUGAAAGCUUUGUAUAAUGAUGCACCAAGUGGGGCUGGAAAAUCUGCUGGUUGCUGCCUACUCGGACAAAAUGAGACAGAGGAAAGUGCUUCUAUCAGCAACAGCACUUCCUGUUGCAACUGCCAGCCAGAUGUUUCCCAUGAAAAAGAUGCUGAAGAUUGUUCAGUGCACGACUUUGUGAAGGAAAUCAUUGACAUGGCGUCCACAGCUUUAAAAAGUAAAUCUCAACCUGAGAGUGAGGUGGCGGCCCCCACUUCACUAACUCAAAUUAAGGAGAAAGUGCUGGAACAUUCCCAUCGGCCCAUGCCCCUGAGGAAGGGGGACUUCUACUCCUACUUAUCUCUUUCAUCCCAUGACAGUGACUGUGGGGAGGUCACCAGUUACAUAGACGAGAAGAGCAGCUCUCCACUGCCACCUGAUGCUGUGGACUUUAGCCUCGAUGACAAGGAAGACAUCGAAUGCUUCUUUGAAGCUUGUGUUGAGGAUGAUCUUGAUGAGAAAGCCUGUUUCUCUAGUCCCCUUCCAGAUGAACCAGCAGCUCCCGGGGAAGCUGCUCUGCCAAUACAAGUGACAGCCAGCUCUCCUGUGUUCAGUGACGUUGCUUUCCCGCUCAAUGAAACAGACGCGGUGGCUCUUUCAGGACCUUCCCCUCAGAAAGGAGGUGACAAUGGAAAGGAAGUGGACGAUGCAUCCCAAACACCCCAGGGCUGUGCAAAAAGCUCAGAGCUUACCACUCCUUCAGGACAGCCCAGUAAAGAUGGAGGUGCCAGGAACCAAGGUGAAUCAGGAAUGCCGGAAGGCAGUAACACUACUUCAGCCAAAUCAAAAAUUCAAGCUCUCCCAUUGAAUGCAAAACAGCCAAAAGUCAAGACCAAGCUGUAUCCCAGCCCGCAAACUUUAACCUGUAAAGAAAAGCUUGUAAACUUUCACGAAGAUCAACAUAGAAACAUGCAUAGGUAGAAUGUAAUGCCCCCAAGCAUGGAAAUCAUCUCAUUGAAAGAGUGAGCCUGGCUGCCGCCCAGGGCUGGCCUGAUCUACCCUGGGCUGGUCUUGGCUUCCGUCCUGCUGUCCUGACACCUGUCACAUUGACUUUCUGAAGAUGACCCACCUUUCCUCUGAACGGUCUGUCCGUGUGGGCCCUGUGAUCUGGAUGUGUGCAUCGCUUCUCUUUAGCUGACCUCUCAUGUCUACACAGCUGCUUGCUCUCCUAUGGAUUCCCGUCCCAAGCUACCUCUGCCAACCCUCUCUCUCCAGCGAGACCUCUGUUUGCCACCUCCUCUCCUGCCUCCCCUUUCAAGCUCUGCAGUUCACCACAUUGGUGGUCCAUUAAACCCACUGUCUAGAAUGGCACCCCUCCCCGCCAGUGCUUGACCAAUUUGAUGUUUUGCUCUGAAAUUUUCCAUGGUAUUAAUUUUUGUUUAUUGGAAGAGAUCUACCUAAAAAGCCAGCCCUUGAUUUGGUUGUGGUAUAGAGGAGACAUAUUGGUCCUUGUUACAAAAUUAAAUGACAUUAAAAAGCAUCAUUUUAAUUAUUUCUUUUUAAUAAUGUUCUAUGCAGCACUUCACAGAACAACUCUGAUGGUGUUGUAUAUUGUAAAUUGGUACACUCUACUGCUGUUGUUUUUUGUUUUGUUUUGUCUUCUAUGCUUCUCGGGGUGGUAAUGAGAAAAAUGUUGUUUUACAAACUGUGUGCCUUGCUGUCUUUCUUAUCCCAUUUAUGAAAAAGCUGCUUUCAUGGUAAUGGUAUGUUGGUCUGAGAGGAGGAAAUAGCAAGGUGAGGAUUGUGAAUAAUUUCUGUACAUAUGUAUAAGCUAGUACAAACACUGAUGUAUGACAGUAUAAAAUGCUUUCAUGUUUGUGACGUCCAGUGAUGUGGAGAAUAUAAGCCUUAAAUCCAUUCAAAUGCAUGGUAAUUAAAAUUGGCAUAAUAAAAACAGCGUAUUGGGGGAAAGGAAAAUUAAUGAUCUCUUCUACCUGUGUUCUUACCAAAUUCCUGCAUCUGUUUCUGAAAAAAAAAAAAAAACAUGUAUCAGCUUCCAACAUAUCCAUACGGCAGAAAAGGCUUAAGUUGCUUAAACUGCAGACUCGGCCUGAAGCCUUCAUAACGUUCAGACUCUUUCUGUUUCACUGUAAGUGGACAUCCUGAAACAGCAAGUGUUUAAAGGCCAUUUCCCCUACAUCAAAAACCCUUCAUACUAAAUGCUUCUGUUUCUACUUGUUAAUGAUUUCAAGUUGUCUUUGGAGAUCUCUUACAUGUCCUAUUUUAUUUAAAUAAUUAUUUGAAUGGUUUUGGUGGAUGAUAAAAAGUAUAGAAAAAUUGACUAUUAUUUUAUCUAAACUAUAGAUUUCAGGUGUAUUUAUUUCAUUAAGAAAAUCAGCAGAGAAAUAUUUCAUUUGUUUUUUUUUUUUGACUUGAGAAACUGCAGCUUUUUAAUUUAUAGUUUCACUCCUACUAAAGUGCCUGACACACAGUAGGUAUUCUCCAGAAUCUGCUGAAUCAGAGUAUCGAGUGGGGUAACGUGGAAUAUAUAUAUA